GGAAAAAAUGGAGAAAGAAUUAGAAAAAGUAGAUCCACGCGAAAGAGAGAGCUGCCUGUCAUACAUUAAAAUGAUGUCUGCGGUUGUUCUAUUUCUCGGAGUGUGUAGUAUUGGAGUCGGUAUCGCCGUGCUGGUCCUUCUUGAUGGCGCCAAGUACCCUAUAACAACGGGAACAGGGAUCUGGAUGGCAGCCAAUCAUAUAGCCUUUGGGUGUGUGGGCAUUGCUGCUGCCAUGACAUCAAGUGAGAUUGCACAGAUGAAAUUGCUGAAUGGUCACUACGUUGUGAGUAUUCUUCUCAUGACACAGGGCUACCCUUUGUCCACCUCCAUACAGGGACUGGUAGUGUGCGCUAAUGGCGACGAAAAAUGUGGAGGAAACGUCGAUGCGCAGACAGCUCUCCAUGCUGUACAAGUCGCGAUACUGGCGCUGUCCUAUUUCAUAGGGGUGGCUUCAAUGAUCUUACACAUAAGAAAGAGGAAAGUCCUGCAUCCAGAAUGGAAAUACAGGAGAGGGUGUUGCGGGGGGUCUUCAUGUGAUUGA